AUCAUUGAACAAGGACGAUUGCUUGGUUUUUAAGUCGUCUGCUGUCAGGACGACUACUUUAUUCGUAUUUUGGAAGCAAAUUAAGUUUAUUUUUGUUGAUUAGUGUGGAGAAACUCGAAGGAAAAUGUCCGAGGGAGGAAAAGAAUCGAAAACACCCAUGGUGUAUAUAUGCGGUGAAUGCCACAAUGAGAAUGAGAUCAGACCCAGAGAUCCUAUCCGAUGCAGGGAAUGUGGUUACCGUAUCAUGUACAAGAAGAGGACAAAGAGGCUGAUCGUUUUCGAUGCUCGCUGAUCGAUCAAGGGCUUCUUCUAAUUUAGGCUAAGUUAAAUGAAUGAAUAUAUACAUAUUCUAAGCGUAUUUUUUUUAUUGGAUCGUUUAAUAAAUGCGUAGUUCGUAAGUGAAGAUGA